AUGAGAGUACAUGCUGCUGGACGUGAGAGUAUGGUUGCUUCAGGUGUGAUUGGGAUGAGAGUACAUGCUGUUGGAGGUGAGAGUAUGGUUGCUUCAGGUGAGAUUGGGAUGAGAGUACAUGCUGUUGGAGAUGAGAGUAUGGCUGCUUCAGGUGAGAUUGGGAUGAGAGUACAUGCUGUUGGAGGUGAGAGUAUGGUUGAUACAGGUGAGAUUGGGAUGAGAGUACAUGCUGUUGGAGGUGAGAGUAUGGUUGCUUCAGGUGAGAUUGAAAUGAGAGUACAUGUUGUUGGAGGUGAGAGUAUGGUUGCUUCAGGUGAGAUUGGGAUGAGAGUACAUGCUGUUGGAGGUGAGAUUGGGAUGGGAGUACAUGCUGCUGGAGGUGAGAGUAUGGUUGAUACAGGUGAGAUUGGGAUGAGAGUACAUGCUGUUGGAGGUGAUAGUAUGGUUGCUUCAGGUGAGAUUGGGAUGAGAGUACAUGCUGUUGGAGGUGAUAGUAUGGCUGCUUCAGGUGAGAUUGGGAUGAGAGUACAUGCUGUUGGAGGUGAGAGUAUGGUUGCUUCAGGUAAGAUUGAAAUGAGAGUACAUGCUGCUGGAGGUGAGAUUGGGAUGAGAGUACAUGCUGCUGGAGGUGAGAGCAUGGCUGCUUCAGGUGAGAUUGGGAUGAGAGUACAUGCUGCUGGAGGUGAGAGCAUGGCUGCUUCAGGUGAGAUUGGGAUGAGAGUACAUGCUGUUGGAGGUGAGAUUGGGAUGAGAGUACAUGCUGUUGGAGGUGAGAGCAUGGCUGCUUCAGGUGAGAUUGGGAUGAGAGUACAUGCUGUUGGAGAUGAGAGUAUGGCUGCUUCAGGUGAGAUUGGGAUGAGAGUACAUGCUGCUGGAGGUGAGAUUGGGAUGAGAGUACAUGCUGUUGGAGGUGAGAUUAGGAUGAAAGUACAUGCUGUUGGAGGUGAUAGUAUGGCUGCUUCAGGUGAGAUUGGGAUGAAAGUACAUGCUGUUGGAGGUAAGAGUAUGGCUGCUUCAGGUGAGGUUGGGAUGAAAGUACAUGCUGUUGGAGGUGAGAGUAUGGCUGCUUCAGGUGAGAUUGGGAUGAGAGUACAUGCUGCUGGAGGUGAGAUGAUGGAUGAGAGCACCUGCUGA